AAUUAUUAUAAAUAUUUUAAACCUAAGUUUCAGCAAAUGAGUGCUUACAAUGAUAGUAAUUCUUCAACAGAGAGACAUAUGCCAUCUACUACUGCUUUCAAUAAUCUUGUAUCCUCACCAGCUUCUUCGAGGAGCGAAAGAGAAACUGAUGGGGGAAACCAUGGCUACAGAGGGUUUAGAAUUGGGACAAAUUCAACAUGCCCCGAAACUAAUAGAGCAAGGUAUGCCGAAAGCUUAGCCAUUCCUAUUAGAGGGAGUGCUGAAGAGAUAGACCAUUCCGCUGGCAUCUCUAAAGAUAUUGGUAUCUUUUUGAAUGAUAGUAAACUAUCGGACUAUACUAUUAAAGUGAAGAAAACUUUGAACCAAGUUUCCAGCCAAGCCAUAUUUGUUUCAGACUCAUUAGCACCAUAUGAAGAGAAAGAUGAUCCUAAUUAUGAAACUUUUAAAGUUCACAAAAUUAUCCUAGCUGCUAGAUGCCCUUACUAUAACACUCUUUUCUGCAGUGUAGGAUGGAAAGAGGCUAACAAGGACAUUAAUGAGUCUAAGUUUGAUUAUUUCGACCCCGAAUGAAUGCGGAUCUUCUUACAAUACGUUUACACCGGAAAACUUCAGAUUCAGCUGCGUACAUUAAUUGGAGUUCUUAAAAUUGCAUCUUAUUUCACUAUGUCAAUCAUCAUGGAUUCAUGAAAGAGUAUCCUGGAUUCAGACUAUUUCACUGCUCUUGACUUAUGCCAACUCUAUAAAGAGGUGAGCUGCACAAAUGAUUUUGAUUCCAUGAUUAGUUUCCUGUCAGACUUAAUCCCAAAAAAAACCUCUAAUGAUAGUAUCUGCAGAAUUCUCAGAGAAAUCUGGACUGAAGAAGACCCAGAAGACAGCGACGAGGAAUGUAUCCCAAACAUGAAAGAUGACUGCAGAUCCCUCAGGAUUAGAUCAUCUAAAUCUGAACUCAUCGUCAAACACGCUGGAUCUCUGAAAGCAGAAGUCAUGACUGAACUUCUCUCAGCCUCAGAUGACAGAUCUGUCAAUGAAGACGAUGAGGAAGACCUCCCUCAUAAAAUUCUCAGAAAGAUUCAGAAUUCUCUGCCUGAACUAUAUGAGAAUGACAAUGUCGUUGAAGACUUGAUAAGACUUCCAAAGUCUGCAUUGGUCAAGAUCUUCAAAUCUGACAGGUCGUGUGCUUCUGAGAAGAUGUUCUUUAACAUCCUGGAUCGGAUAGCCGAGCUUGAAUCUCCAGUGCCUAAGCUUAACCCUAUUAGCCUCUGCAGGAUGAACAAGUCCAGCAUUGACGCUAUCAACGAGCUUGAAGAAGAAAAACUUGAGGAAGAAGAGGAAGAUGAAAGCGAACAAAAGGAAGAAGAGGAAGAAAGAAGAACCAAACAAAACUUCAAGAAAGAAGAAAAAGAUCCAUUUUAAUGAAACCUCGGUCGAAUUCCAAUCUGAUAUGGAAGAAGAAGAGAAAUCGCUUAAGUUAGAGACUAUAAGUGAGAGGACACAGUCUGUAUGUAGGGAGCACUCUAAGAGAUGAAUUAAAGACCUGAUCCCACAUAUUAGACUUGCUCUGAUUAGUAGGAGUGAGCUUAUUACAGUUAUUAGAGAGAGUAGGUACUUUAGUGACGACGAUAUUUUUGAAGCGCUAAUCUACCAAGAUGUUCCUGAGAAGAUUGGUAAUCUUCAGCAGAAGAAAUUUAGAAGAAGAGGUGUGAAAGUAGAAUUUGAUUACUGCCAUCCUGACAUUGCAACAUCCCAUGAAAAUCGUCAAGGAAAAUCAAGCAUCCUUCUAAAAAGGAUUCAGAAAUCAGACAAUUGUGAAAAUAAAUAUGUGACUGCUACUCAUUCUGAUCCUCUUCCACUCCAUGGAAUUCAUUACUUUGAGGUAAAAUUGCACCCAUCUCAGAAUGCAAAUGUGACUAGUAAAGCUUUUAUUGGGUUAUGAAAUCCAAGUGAUGGUAACAACCUUGAAGAUACAUUCAAAGAUAAGAAUGCUUUAAUGUUUUACACCUACAAUUGCUCAUUCUGGAGCAGUGGAACCCAGUUGUCUUCUCUUUUGUCAAGAUCCAAUAGGUUAAAAUACACUCUUGACAGUGGAGACAUUCUUAGGAUUGCUAUUGACUUUAGGCAAGCAAGAAGCUUCCAGCCUUUUUGGAAAGAAAUGGAUGAGAACACCUCUCAAAACAAUGAACAGAGAAAUAUCUUCCCUCAACCUCAAAAUGCUAGUAUUUUCAAUAGAAAUUUGCAAAACCAGAUUAAUUCAAAUGAAGAGCAUGGAAUCAGAUUUAGAUCUAGGGACAAUCUAAGCUUGUUCCUUGGAAGCGAGAACGAGCCUAUUUUCUUCAGCUCCCCUUGUAAACUGUAUUAUGCCAUCAACAAUUCAGAGAUGAGCGAUGGAGUAGACAUUAACCUAAUGUCUAUUGAUUCAGCUCCCAUUCAUUUUGCUAUUUCCUUAUGUGAAUUGAAUCAGCAGGUAGAGAGCUCGAGAUGAGUAUACUUUGAUUCAAUGGAGCAUAUCCCCAAAAAGCCAUUCUUGCUAGAUCCAGAGGAAGAUCCUAUUUCACAAGAGGGGAAUAUCAGAGAGUCAGAAAUUUCGAAUUCAAAUUCGCAUUUAAAUAUCGUCAAUGCUAGUGAGCCAGUUAAUUCAGCUUAAUUUUCAAAUUUCAAUAUAUUUC